AUGAAAGAGUCUCAAGAGAGUGGCAUAAGCUAUAAUGGGAGCAAUGACAUACUUUCUCAAGCACUAGGUACUCCUGAGUAUACUGGUCGGGUUCGAGCUAAAGGGAAGCACUACACGCCUGGACGCUAUUUCAAUAGUAUGUCAGAACGUGUUGUGAGGGAUAUUUUAAAAGCAACUCAAGAACGUCAAGCUAAGUUUGAGGCUGAUGUGUUAGCGAGACUAUCUCAGAUAGGAGUUGCUACACCACAAUCCGAUGUGAGUAGUUCCAACAUGAAAUCAAAACUGUUGCUUCUACCAGAAGUAGUGGAGAAACCAAUUCGUAAAGUUGAGGAGGAGACCUUACCUGUGAAAAUAGAACCACACAUGAAGGCAAGAAAAUGUGAGUUGGCAGUAGGGACCAGAGAAAAUACAGUGGCUAGUGGAACAAUUGUAAUGGAUUGUGGUCCCAACUACCUAGUUGUUUUGGAUGCUCCCUAUGAGUCAAAUACACCGCUUCCUAUUCCCAUUCCUGGACAAGCUACAACAGUUGGAGCGGCAGUGGGCUACCAAGUUUUAUGGCCAACCCAUUUAGUCAAUUUGAGUACUAAAUUCAUUAAGGGAUCUCAAAAAGGGAAAAGACAAAAAACAACAGAAAAUGACUUGAAAAUUGGUGAAAACCCUCAAGAUAUCAACAAUUUUGAUGCAUUAGUAGGUCUCAUGCUAAAUGAGGGGAAAGCACAAGGUGUGGAGGUCCCAAAUGAUGUAUUUGGCGAGAGUUUUAAGACCUUCCUUAUGAAAGAAGACAUGGAUAUGAUAAUUUCAUUUAAGGAAGUGUCGGCUAAUUGUGUCAUAUAUUAUAUAUGGCACCUACAGAAAAAGCUAAGUGAUGCAAGGCUCACCGAACGAUUUGCUUUUAUCAAUCCAGCUUUAGUCUCUAAAGCUGGAAUGGGUGAGACAACAAAGGAAAAUAGGUCAAGGUUGAUUGCAAAUCGUUUAAUGCAUGCAAAGUGUGCUGACUACAUUUUUAUUCCAUAUAACCCUAAUUUCCACUGGGUCUUGGUGGCAUUGGAUAUGAGGACAAUGACUGCGUACUACCUUGAUCCGAUUCAAAAGCAACCAUGUGAUGAUCUUAAGGAAAUUGUUAACAUGGCACUACGAAUUCAUCCACCAGAGAAACAAAGAUCAUCAAAGAGGGAGCCGACAUGGGUAAAAGUAGUGAUGCCCUCAUUUCAGUCCAGUAAGAGUUGUAGAUCACAUUUUGACGAUUCUCAGAAGUUCUCAUCUCAUGAUAAGUAAAAGAUUUCAAGUUCAGGAGUGGAUAUGCAACCAACAAAAAUACUUUUGGCUAUAAAUACUUUUGGCUUCUUCUUGUAAUAUUAUUUUUGAUAAGGAAUUUGGAGACCUUGUUUUUUGGUACAUGUGUACUUGUUUUAUAUAUGUUGAAGUUGGAAAAUAUGCUUGUAAAUAUUUUGAUACAUUUACAAAUUUGCGUAUUAAUUAACUAUGUAGACAUUAGUUCUUUAUCA